CAUCGUGCUGAUAGGUCGUCGGGAGCGGCAACUCCGUUCUUCAGGAUUCCUCUAGUUUGAGUUGAAGGGAAGCGAGUAACUCCGCCUUCCACGCGUUCACUUCUCUCUCCUCUCCUCCUCUCGGGCGCGCGGCGGUGACGGACGGGCGGUGGACGCCUUGCGGACUCGAGCCGUGAGACGGAGGAGGAAGGCUGCAGUUUUUAACCUCUGAUCAGAUCCUACCACUCUCCUGACGACAUGGGGGAAGUCAGCCUGCCGCGACACAUGUUCCUGUGGAGCAUGGCCGUUAUCUACAUGACAGCGUUUGCGUCCCUGUACGUCCAGAUUGCGGGUCUCUUCGGUAACCAUGGGGUCCUACCUGUACGUCAGAUGGAGCCGGAUGUGGCGAGGGACAAGCCGGCGUAUGAGCAGUUUCAGGCGUCCCCCUCCCUGGUCUGGCUGCUCCUGGGCUCGGAGUGGGGCCCAAAGCUGGAUGGCCAGCAGCUGAUGGAGCUGCUUUGUCUGCUAGGGGCCCUGCUGGCCCUGGCAGCAGCCGUCCUGACGGCCCUCAGAGACAGUCUGGUCUUCCUGAUCCUCUGGAUCCUCUACCUCUCUCUCUGCCAGGUAGGGCGAGACUUCCUCAGCUUCCCGUGGGAUAGUUUGCUGCUGGAGGCUGGCUUUGUAACCGUCUUUAUUGCUCCUCUCAACCUCCUCCGUUGGCGGUCCUCCUUUCGCCACCAUGAUGCUGUGACCUUCUGGCUGGCCCGCUGGCUCCUGUUCCGCCUCACCUUUGGCUCGGGGGUGGCAAAGCUGGCAAGCCACAGUCCCUCUUGGUGGAAUCUUACUGCUGUGAGUCAAAUGCUGCAGACUCAGGGAAGCCCCACCCCCCUGGCCUGGUUUGCCCACCAGUUACCAGACUGGAUCCUGAGACUGGCCACUGUGGGGAUUCUGGUCUCGGAGAUCGUUGUGCCUGUCCUCUACUUCGUCCCUAUCCGCUGCCUGCGACUGGGAGCGUUCUACAUACAGCUGGUGUACCAAGGCGUGUCCAUGUUGACCGGCAACUUGACCGUCCUGAACCUGCUGUCUGUGGCGCUGAGCUUCUCUUUGUUGGAUGAUGAGCAGGUCAGCUCCUGGUUGGGUCACUCCAAGAAGAAGAGAGCCAAGAUGUCGGUCUUGACUCUGCUGGUGGAGUUGGCUGUUUAUGUCCUCAUCAUCUACUGCACCGUGCUGCUUUUUAAACUGGAAAUCAACUGGGAGGCCAAGAUCAUAUCCUCCAAAACUGCGUUUUCUCCACAGCAGUUUGAUGAGCUGAUGAAGAUGGCGAUGGGGCCUAGUGUCUGGAUGGGAGUGCUUUCUCUCACCUGGGAGCUUGUGGCUUCCAUUCUUGGAUGCAUCUGUGUGAGAGGAUGCUUCUGGAAACUGUUGGCUGUUGUCCAGUGGGUAAUCUUUGGUACUGCAGCAGUGGCAGUAUUCACCCUCACUUUGGUCCCGUAUACCUCUGUGGAGCAGGGCUACAGCAGUAAGGUUCUCCCAGAGGUGAGGAAGGCUCACAGCUUGAUGGAACGCUACAGGCUGGUCAGCAGCUACGCCCUUGACAGCGCUGUCGGCAAAGAUGAUGGACGGCCUGAGCUGGUCCUUGAGGGAAGCAUGGACAAAACCACCUGGACGGAAAUUGAAUUGAUGUAUAAGCCGGGAAAUGUGGAUGUGGCACCUCCGGUGGUAGCCCCCUACCAGGCACGACUGGACUGGCAGAUGUGGCGAGCAGCUCAGGGACAAGCCAAACACAGCCCCUGGUUCCCCGAGCUCAUUCACCACUUGCUGCAGGGGGAAAAAGACGUGGAAAGGCUGCUCCAGAUGGACCAAGCCCGGUACCCCUUUAAUAAAACCCCUCCAAAAUACCUCCGAGUAAACCUGUUCAAGUACUGGUUCACCAAGCAAGACGAGAACGGGGCAGCGCCGCAAACGCAGUGGUGGAGGAGGGUCUUUGUAGAGGAGUUCUACCCCACAAUGCAUCUGGGUGACCCUAAAUUGGAGGAGAUGUUGAAGAAACAUGGACUGAAGGAGAAAGCCGCCGUGCAGCCCAGCCAUGACUGUCUGAUGGCCCGGGCCUUAAAGCAAGUGAGAGACCACGUUCAGACUGUACAUGGGCCUCUACUGAACUGGUCCCUCCUGGCCACCGUGGCCACCAUCUGCCUCCUCAGGUCCAUGCUGUUUAGGGGCCUGGGCAGGCGAAGGACCAAAUCCCCUCCAGUGGAAACAAAGGCCAAGAGGCCAAAGGAGCAAGCCUCAUCCUCGGUAAACAAGACGCCGGGCUCGAACCUCAAAGUCAACAAGGAGAACUCUGAGGAGGCCAGACAACAUUCCGACCGGAGCCCCAGGAAGAGAAAGUGAUGUUUUGGCGCUUUUUUUUUUUACAUGGCUGUUGUGAAAUUGCAUGAUACAGUAUAAGCAUGUCUCAGGAUGGAUAUCGUAGAUUGAAAUCUCAGGUUUGUUUUUUUUACAUACGUAUGUAAAUUGUCAAACAGCCCUCUUAUGCUGCUUUUACAAAUUUUGCGACCGAUGCUGUGUCCUUACGUUAAGUUAGCUAGCUUUACCGACUAUACAGAAUGUGUACCGCACCCUUUCACCACAUUCACAUGCCGAUUCAAAGCGCUUUAUUUUAGUUUUACCUCUUACUUACUGUGUAGAUGUCCGUCUUCUUCUCUUAUCUCCUUUGCCUGUUCCUUAGUUUAGAUGCACUUGUGUUUUAACAAACGAGAACUUGAUCGUUUUCAAUUAUGUCAAGAGGUCAAAUAACUUCACAAUCGUGCCACGAUGAGCUUGACUAUGCCACAUAGCUGCAUUGAUACCAAUGGCUACACAAGGAAGGCUAAUCUGACCGUAACCUCUGAUCAGUUGUGGUCAGGCAUGGGUCAGAUGUGGAGGGGGACCUGCCGGGGGUCAGAUGUGGAGGGGGACCUGCCGGGGGUCAGAUGUGGAGAGGGACCUGCCGGGGGUCAGAUGUGGACAGGGACCUGCCGGGGGUCAGAUGUGGAGAGGGACCUGCUGGAGGGCAUUGGUACAUCUUGAAUGUUAACGGCAGCCUCGUUCAUUUAAAAAUGAGGUUCGGUUUUAUUUGUUUCUUAUUGGAAUUUAAUACUUUGAGAUUUUUGUUGUAAUGGAAAAGAAUACUGUUCAGACCAGAAGCUCUCAAGUAAUCCCGGAUACAAAACACUGGGUUAAUUAAUUGCGUACCAUUAACCAUGGUUAUAUGAAGAUAAAUCAUCUUCAGUUGUUUUAAACCAUUCCAAAGUCACCAGAUGGGAGUGACCUGCCUUCUAAUUUCUUCAACUUUCACCUUUUGAAUCAUGUGUUUCUCUUUGGUGCAAAAUUAUGUUUACCUGUCAAGUUGUCUGACCAUUGAACAGCAAUAUUUUCAGCCUUUUACUGUAAUAAAAGUCAUGCCGAAA